GAGUGAGAGCUGUUCAGACAUCAACAAGAAGAUAGAAGCAGGUCGCUGUUCUCUCAGGGGCAGAUUGACAUUAACUCACACAUAAUCACGACUCCAGGGAAAUCACAGAGCUCUUUAACAAAACAAGACAAGUGCGUGUUGGCGGAUAUCUGGUGUAUAUAUUUCCAGCAGUUUUCCAGCAGGUGUUUAAAGGACCUUUCUCACACUGUCAACGGGGUUCAUGAAACUUUGCUACGAUUUACGAGCUGGGGCUACCAUACACAAUGUUAAGGUAAAGCCUAAAGCAGCUGUGUUGAAUAUGCUAAAGCGGCUGGACAAAAUCAGAUUCCGCGGACCAAAGCGAGAUGACUUCCUGGAUCUACCCGAGUCUCCCGCAGGGUCAGACACUGAAUGUAGUGAUGACAUUCUGGUGAGACCUCGACCUUCAAUACGAGACAACGAUGAGCAAAGAGACCCUGCUGGUUCAGGGACUCUGGCUGUCAUGCAAGACCUGAGGAGCGAAUCAGAACGUCUUAAUGAGGUCAAGGGUCACUUGGAAAUUGCCUUACUGGAGAAGCACUUUCUGCAGGAAGAAUUGCGGAAGCUACGAGAAGAAACCAAUGUGGAGACCAUUAAACAGGAGCUGGAGAGGGAGCGCAGCAGAAGACUUGACCUGGAACAGAAGAUGAGUGAAGUCCUGAAGAACAGAUGUGAAGAUUCCCCACCUCAACCUCCACGCAAACAGCAACCACCUGCAGCUAACGGCACAGACAAACAGCAGAAAGAGACGGUGUGUUAUCGGCUGCAGAACUGGUUAUAUGAUCGGUUUGGGGUUUAUAUUGAAGAUUUUCGGUUUCAGCCUGAGGAGAACACGGUUGAGGCUGAGGAGCCACUAAGUGCUAAAAGAUUAACAGAAAAUAUGCGACGACUUAAACGGGGUGCCAGACCGGUGACAAACUUCUUACGAAAUCUUUCCGCCUUAUCCAACUGGCAUUCUGUAUACACGUCAGCAAUUGCCUUCAUAAUCUAUAUGAAUGCAGCAUGGCAUGGCUGGGCCAUUCCUUUGUUUCUAUCUUUAGCCAUUCUACGGUUGUCACUGAAUUACCUCAUCGCCAGAGGCUGGAGAAUUCAGUGGAGCAUUGUGCCUGAAGUUUCAGAACCUGUGGAACCUCCCAAGGAAGACUUGACUGUGUCUGAAAAGUUUCAGUUAGUUCUGGAUGUUGCACAAAAAGCACAGAAUCUAUUUGGAAAGAUGGCAGAUGUUUUGGAGAAAAUCAAAAAUCUGUUUAUGUGGGUUCAGCCUGAGAUUACUAAGAAGUUGUACGUUGCUCUGUGGGUGGCCUUCAUCUCCUCCUGCGUCCUGCCCUACAAGCUAAUGGGCUUUAUGAUAGGGCUUUACGCAGGCAUCAAGUUCUUUAUGAUAGACUUUUUGUUUAAGAGCUGCCCAAAACUAAGAGACAAUUACGACACUCCGUUCAUCAUGUGGAACAGCUUGCCCACCGACCCUCAGCUAAAAGAAAGGAGCAAUGCUACUGUGUUACGACGGCUGUCUGGGUGUGAGAAGAUCCAGCCAGUUGUAUCAAGGAGUAGUUUAGCCACCGUUCCUACCGGAGUGACCCGAGAAGAGGAGAGCAGCCGUUCACACAACACAAAGAAAGGAGCAUUUCAUGAGAUCUUUAACCUGCCCGAGAAUGAAAGACCUCUGCCUGUAUGUGAGAACGGAUGGAGAUGCUGUCUGAUAAAUAGAGACAGGAAGAUGCCAACUGACUACAUCCGCAACGGGAUGCUCUAUGUCACUGAGAACUUCCUGUGUUUUGAGAGUUCCAGCUCAAGAUCAGGUUCUUCAAAGAAGAACAAAGUCAUAAAACUGGUGGACAUCACAGAUAUCCAGAAGUACAAGGUUUUGUCAGUUUUGCCUGGAUCUGGAAUGGGCAUCUCUAUUGCCACGCCGUCAACACAGAAGCCACUUGUGUUUGGUGCAAUGAUUCACAGAGAUGAGGCCUUUGAGACAAUCUUUACGCAGUACAUGAAGAUCAUGACCACAGCCAACCCUGAGACGUAACUCACUCUUUAUUCUUCAAGAGGACGUCUCAUUUUGCCAGGACCAUUUUCUUUGGUCUCGUUUACUUUGACUGUGAUCUGAGAACUGUCAGCAUUGAUCUGACAUGCAGGAGCGAGAGUAAGAGCAUACAUUCCUAUGACACUGACAUUUCUUAUUGGAGGAAUGUGGGCAGCUUUGCGUCAUGUGACUUUAACAGUUUUUGGCUUUCAAAAAGUUUACAGACUUUGUGUUACUGUAUGUACUUGUCUCUCCCAGUGAUUCAUGUUUCCACACUUUUAUCCUGGUACAUGUAAGGGGGGUGUUUUGUUAAGGAAUUUGAUUGUACAGUCUUUAACACUUCAGAAAGACAUUCUAUCUUGUUUUUUAGGAAAAUAUCUAAACAUCUUUAGAAUUAUGUAAGAUAAUCAUUUUCUUGAGAAAACAUAUCUUGAAUGAAGUGUGUUAUUUUUACCUCAUGUAACAGUUGUUUUGUGUUACCACAAUUUAGUGAGUUUAUAAUUAAAACAAGAAGAUCUAUUAAAAUUCAAAAUCAAGCAAAUCUUUAUAUCUUACACAUUUAGAAGUAAUUUCAAAUUCAUAUUUUGUUUUAAGGAUGUUUAGAUAAUUUUACUGGAAAAGCAGAAAAUAAAUAUUGUGAGAAUGCUCAUUUGAGACGAAUGCAUUAAAAUGGUCAAAUACAGUGAUUUGCAGUAACAAAGUCAACAUUUCUUUGUGGCGAAAAAAUGCUCUUCAGAUUAUAAAAAAGAAAGAGAUAGUUCUUUAAAAAACCUUUGACUGAAUGGUUCUUUGUGAAACCAAAAAUGGUAUCAAAGAACUUUUUAAGCACCUUUAUUUUUAAGAGUGUAGCUCUCAAAUUUUAUUUCUACUAGUCUUUAAAUAAAAAUGACAACUUUUUGAGAUUCUUGUAAUAACUAAAUUGUAAUACUGAAGAAAGCAUCUUGUCCAACAAGAUGGCUGAACUAGCGGUUUCUGGGAAACGGGCUGGAGGAGGGAGGAGCAAGGAAACUAGGAAUUAGAACCCCCUGCUCCCCCCCCCCCCCACAGCUAAACCUUGGGGCCUCUGGAUUGAUCACUGAUGCCGAAUGCCAUUGCUUAUUGCCACGGGACCAAAUGCAAUGUGUAUGACUAAACACAAAUUAAAUUCGAGAACGCUGGCAGAGGGAGAGAUUUUGUUGUUUGUGACAUGAUUAGAGUGUUGUGGCAACAGGCUCUGUCACUCACUUCAACGUAAACUUUGACUGAAAAAUAAAUUAUAUUCGGGGUUUUUUGCUGCAAAUCACUGUACUCUUAAGACUGACAAAGAAAAGUGUUUUUACAUUGUUUACAUUGUUACUGCAUGCCCGCAAAACACACUCGCUUCACCUCACCUCUCAGCAAAGUGUGCGUCGUGUUUUUAAGCAGAAUAUCUUCCCAAACUGCGUUCUGUGGGAAAGUGGAGUUUCAAAUGGUUUAAAAUGCCUUUAUAUUAUAAUUGUAGUGUUGACGUUUCUUAAUGCUUUAGUCACUUUGAACUAAAGUAUGCUACAAGUAAAUUAGUUUUACAAUGAAGUCAUUACAAGAUGUUAACAGUAUCAAAGACUCAGUCCUGUAGAAUAAACUAGCUUUACACCCAUUUUGAAGACAAUCUUUGAGUGAAUGUUUAGAUAUUAUGUUUUGAAAUUGGAAAAAAUAAUAAAUCUAUUUUAGGACUUUUCCAUCCAAAUACAGAUUCUGAAAAUUAAAUUCAGUACAUUGUAAUGUAUAUUUAAAUAGAACUUGUACACAUCUUUAUUAUUUAAUUUUUACAACAACUAAAUGUAAUGUAAUUUUUUUAUUAAAUUUUGGGGUCAUUAUGUUAAGAAAUGAGAAUGCGGGUGUAUAAUUGUUAUGGAAAUAUCAAUUAUAGGGAAACAAAUCUUAAUGGUUUUAAAAAAGGUUUUCAUUUUUUUUCAAGUAUUAUUGUUUUAUUUUAUUUUUGAAUAGCACUAAUAGCUUUGUGUUGAAUCAAUUCUGGUUAAAAGCUUGGCUUUUAGUUGCAAAUAGUUUCACUUAUGUAUUGACAAACAUGCUAAGAGUUCUGUGCUUUGGCCAGAGGUGUAAAGAGUACCUGAAAACCAUACUUAAGUAAAAGUACAGAUACCUUGCAGUGAAAAUUACUCCAUUACAAGUUACAAGUCACCAAUUCCAAAACGACUUCAGUAAAAGUCUCCGAGUAUCUGAUUUUAACAGUACUUGAGUAUUUUACUCAUACUGAAUGUAGGCUCAAAGAAGCACUAGUCCUCAACACUUAAGAGACACGUCAGUGAAAAACAGUUGAUUUGUGAGGAGAGCAAUCUCAUUUAUUUUCUUAAAUCAUAAUAAGACUGAACACCUCAAAAUUGCAACAAAUCAUGGUCGACACCAUAACCUACGUCAUUACAAACACCCUAAGUCUCAUUUAAGCUCAAGUGCUCAUAAGUAAACCAAACUCCUUCAAAAGGGUCUCUUCAAUAUAACAGAUAAAUAAAAUAAUGUUAAGUAGAAUUAAAAAGUCAAAGCCUUUUUGCACUGGACAUGCUGGUUUGGGCCUCAUCGCCAGCUGCAGUCAUGUCCUCAUUUCACAUACACGGUUAGCCCUUACCUGCCAUUUCUACAGUAAUAUAUUGGCAACACUGUUGCCAGCUAGUUACUGUAGGUGUUUUACAGUAAACUACUGCAAUGGCUGUUUGAAGAUACAUUAUUAAAGAAUCUAUUAACGCACUUAAGUCACACAGUCUUAGAUGAACAAGUGUAAAUAACAGAUGAACACAAUAAAUCUGUCAAGAUUUCACCAGAGGAGAAUUAAACACAAACAUCAAUAACAUCUUCACAUAUUACAGACACCACUUUCACUUUAUAUCUGUCAUCUGUGUAAGAUCUUAUUGAGAUUUAACUCUAGUUCAUAGUGGUUCAAUUAUGUUUUAAGUCACCAUUAUGGCGAUCAGUGUUUGCUUUGGUUGGACUCUUUGACUUUCUUGU